AUGAACGUCAUUGAAUGGGCCUUCGGUAAGCGCAUGACGCCCGCCGAGCGUCUGCGCAAACACCAGCGAGCCCUUGAUCGAACCCAGCGCGAACUAGACCGUGAGCGGACGAAGCUAGAGAAUCAAGAGAAGAAACUUGUGCAAGACAUUAAGAAGAGCGCCAAAAAUGGCCAGAUUGGAGCUUGCAAGAUCCAAGCCAAGGACUUGGUGCGGACACGAAGAUAUAUUCAGAAGUUCUACCAGAUGCGCACACAGCUACAGGCCAUUUCGCUUCGUAUUCAGACCGUCCGAAGCAAUGAGCAGAUGAUGCAGUCUAUGAAAGGCGCGACGAAACUUCUAGGCGGCAUGAACCGACAAAUGAACCUACCGGGCCUCCAGCGCAUUGCAAUGGAAUUUGAGCGUGAGAACGAAAUAAUGGAUGAACGACAAGAAAUGAUGGAUGAUGCGAUCGAUGAAGCUACCGGCAUGGAAGGCGAGGAGGAGGAAGGAGAAGACAUUAUUAAGGAAGUUUUGGACGGAAUUGGUGUCGACCUGGGACAGCAAGUACGUUUUCACAUCCGAGCACGAAGACUGACUUGCGUGGACGCUGACCAUUUUCAUCACAGUUGGGCGAAACCCCCCUCGGAUAUUCAAAAGGCACCCGCAGAAGAAACCCGAGUUGCCCAGGCCAUAGGUGGCGGGGCGCAUACGGAUGAUGAUGACCUUCAGGCUAGACUGGACAGUCUUCGACGAUGA